AUGAGCAGAGCCUCAGGCCCCAAAGCAUGCAAACCCUGCGCCGCCGCAAAGCGGAAGUGCGGGAGGCAGAAACCGCAGUGCCUUCGCUGCAGACGCCUCAAUGUCCCGUGCACAUACCCUCCAUCAAAACCAAGUUCCUACGUCCUCAUCCCCGAUGACGAGGAUGCUGUCACCAUUGGGAGCGACAGUAGCGCGACGGCGGCGGCAUCGCGGGAAUCGCGGUCCUCCACGCUGGUGUCGACCCUGCCCCAGCCGCACAGAUUUGACCCUGCCAGUUUUUCCCUGGCCCUGGACCUGCAGGACUCCCUCAUCCACGAUGACCCGGAUCUCCGCGCCUCGGCGCCGCCCUCGUGGUUCAACAAUAUCCCGGACGGCCUUGGCGUGCUUCUCCCCAUCCAGAAGCCGGACCUGGAUGCAUCCGCGUUUGACAACAUGAAGUAUCAUCUGGGGAUAGUCAACGAGUGGCUCACCCGCUGGGUGGACCGGGGGAGCAACCCAUUCAUCCAUCCGCAGCUGUAUAAACGACGGCUGCCCACGUGCGUGCAGGACGCGUACACCUCCGUGGCAUCCUACCUGCGGAAGAACCAGGCAAACGAGCAGAUGAUAUACCGGAUAAUUGAAGACAGAGUAAGGAGCUUAGUCGGGGGCCAUCCAAAGGACCCGUCUGCGCUCGACCCGAUUGAAUCCCUCGGUCGCGUCCAGGCUUUGCUGAUCUACCAGGUGAUCGGGCUGUUUGACGGUGAUCUCCGUCUGCGGCAUGUAGCCGAGGGCUAUAUCCAGACGCUGUAUGAAUGGGCUGCCAACCUGGAGCCUCUUGCUCGGUAUCCGCUGUGGCUGGGCGACCUGAAUGGCACGUCGGGCACGCAUGUGUCGACGACCGGCGUGUACGAGGCGUCGGACGUGGGCUCGUCGGCCGACGGCUCCUGGAUGUCGUGGAUCAUCGCCGAGAGUAUGAAUCGGACAUGGACGCUUGUAUCCGGUAUUCAGGGAGUGUACAAGAUGAUCCAGCUGUCUCAGAGCCGGCGCUGUUCCGUGGUGGGGAUGAUGUUGACCGCCCGCAGAGGAUUGUGGGAUGCGCCGUCGGCCCCUGCUUGGGAUAGAAUCUGUGCGGAGAGGUGUAUUGGGUUCAUAUUUCUGUCAGAGGUCGAGACGUUAUUUGCCAAGUUUGCGUAUGAUGAGGUGGAUGAAUUCACCAUAAUGACUCUGGGUAUCAUGUUCGGCAUCGAGAGAAUCGAAAGGUGGAGGCUGAGGCCGACCGUCUUUUAG